GAGGGGCGUUCCCCGGCGGGCUGCCGGCCCUGCCACCGCCGCGCCCCGCUGCCGCCCUCCCGGCCUCUACCGCGGCGGCACGGCAUCGCUGCGGCCCGGCGGCUCUGAGCUGUUUUUGCAGGAGAUCCAGUCCAUUGGAGAAGACAGAAAAAUAAGAACAGAAACUGGAGUCAUUCACAGUCCUAUGAGGGUGGGCUCUGCUGUGCUUUCCCGUGGUCCCAACAGGCAGCUGAUGAAAGUCUGCAUAGAUCAUUGAGUUCAAAGGAAUUGAUGCAACCUGUUUUUGCUGAAAAUCAGCCCUGCACAUCUAGCAAUGGUAAACUGGCUCUUCAGAGACCUCUGAACUGGAGAGAAGGAAAGAGCGUGGGCUUAGAACACUUAACAGAAAGAAGGCUGAAAUGCAAUAUUCUCACCGGAAGAGAGAUGGCAGAAAUCAGUUCUCCUGUAAAUAUCAAGGAAAAGAUCAAUGCAAUCCGAUCAAUUGUUCCGAACAAAAGCAAUAAUGAAAUAGUUUUAGUGUUACAGCAGUUUGAUAACAAUGUAGACAAGGCUGUUCAGGCUUUUAUGGAUGGCAGUGCAACUCAGGUUCUAAAAGAAUGGAAUAUGACAGGGAAAAAGAAGAACAAUAGGAGAAAAAGAAGCAAAUCUAAGCAGCACCAGGGCAAUAAGGAUCCUAAAAAUAAGAAUGAUGGGCCUGAGAAGGCAUCUCAAGAGCCCCAGGGAGUAUAUGGCUGCAAUCUGAAUGGAUGCUCUAAGGACAACUUUUGCAGCGAUUCUGCCAAUGAGAAACUGGAAGCUGCUUCUCUUGAGAACAAAGGCUCAAGAUUUGUAGCAUCAGUGCCGGUCUGUCCAGAAAUUACAGACAAAGAACAUGAACAGCAGAAAGUAUCUGUAGAAUUAAGCCCAAAGACUAUGAAUGGAGUAGAACAGCACAAGCCUCUUCAGUCAACAGUUCAACUCCAGAGUAACCUAGGCAGGCCAAAGUCAAAAUCUUCCUCAGUUAAAUCAUCCAAUGCUACAACCCAACCUGAAACAAAGCCAGAUGAUUCAGUCAAAAAAAGAGGGCCAAACAUUGAGAAAUCAGUAAAGGACUUGCAGCGUUGCACUGUUUCUCUAACUAGAUAUCGCAUGACGAUCAAAGAGGAAGUAGAUAAUUCAGUGAAGAAGAUCAAAGCUGCUUUUGCAGAAUUACACAGCUGCAUCAUAGACAAAGAAGUGUCAUUAAUGGCAGAAAUUGAUAAAGUUAAAGAAGAAGCCAUGGAAAUUCUGACUGCCCGGCAGAAGAAAGCUGAAGAGCUGAAGAGACUGACGGACCUAGCCAGUCAGAUGGCUGAAGCACAACUGUCUGAACUCAGGGCCGAAAUUAAGCACUUUGUGAGUGAACGGAAAUAUGAUGAAGAGCUGGGUAGGUCUGCACGAUUUUCCUGUGAUACAGAACAACUGAAGACCCAGAUUCAGCUCUGUGGAGAGAUUUCUCACCCAAAGAACAACUAUUCCUCAAGAACACCAUGUAGUUCAGUGCUGUCUUCAGUGACCUCACAUGCAACAACUGGCAAGCAAAAUACACUCACUCGAAAGUCCUCUAGUAAUGCCAAGAACUUUGAUAACAAAACACCCAACACUAAAGUACAAAGUCAUCAUUCUUCCACUCCUACAGAAUCUUCUUCCCAAGGAAUACCAACAAAUAAGCAGAAUGGGCCUUCUAGUCAGAGACGAAGAUUCAACCCACAGCACCAAAACAUCCGUCUCAAUGGAUCUCUUAAGUCGCAAGGUGCCUGGAAUGAGGCAGAUCAAAAUAAUAUAAAAAGUGGUUCCAGGUCUGAACACAGAAGACAGCAGCAUAACAACUUCAGACCUAAAAAUAAAGGAGCUAUGAAAAAUCAAGAGCAGUCCGCAACUGCAAGGACCACAGAGAAUCUGACACAUUCGGAAAAGACACGACGGAAGCAUCAUACAGCAGACACCACAGAUCACAGGCCUUUCCGAGGCAGCGUUGGCAGGGUGUCACAAUGCAAUUUAUGCCCUGCAAGGAUGAAGGUUUCUGCUGAUGCCACUGUUAUUUCGGUGCCAGCUGUGACUUUGGUGGCUUAAAAUGUCACAGUGAAGGCAGGCAGAAAAAUUUUAAUCUCUUCAAUUUAGUUUCUUGCUCAAGAUGCUUGUUGGUGAAGAAAAUAAGUCAGAACAUAGUCAUUUUAAAUCUGUUGCUGCUUAAAACUUGUUGGUAUCUUUACUACUUACUAAUUAUUAAAAUUAUACUU